GCCACAACCAGUUUGUCUCGCUCGGCAGUCGACGUCGUCAUAUUCAAAUUGACUUUGGGCUGAAGAUGCGACCGACGAUUUCAGUCGUCAACGAAACGCGCAAACGCACACAACCAGCUGGGAACAAAAAAAAAAAUAAGAAAAGAAAAAAGUGUCGAAAAAAAAAAACCGAUAUACACGCGUCGAAGAUCGCUGUAAAAUUUGAAUUUCAAAUGACCCAAGGAUAUUGAUCCAUAUUUUGAGUGUGUUUCUGUGUUCUAUAAAAGAGUGAUAGCCAAGAGUUCGAGUGUCAGAACAAAUCGAGAUGUUGAGGUGGCCGCUGGUUUGCCUUUUGCUCCCACUUUUGGCCACGGCCAAGGUGUUCGAUCGCUGUGAGUUGGCCCACUCGUUGCAGCAUCGCUUCGGCCUUCCUGCCGCCCAAGUGGCCACCUUGGUGUGCAUUGCCCAGCACUCGAGCGACUUCAACACGGCUGCCUUCGGCGGUGGCGCAGGAUUGGGCGGUGGAUCGCAUGGUCUCUUCCAGAUCAGCGAUGUCUACUGGUGUUCUCCUCCCGGACAGGGCAAAGGUUGUGGUCUGAGUUGCUCAAGUUUGAGGGACGACGACAUCGCCGACGAUGUUCUGUGCGUGAGGAAAAUCUACGCUGAGCAUCAGAGGAUUAGUGGCGAUGGAUUCACUGCGUGGCAGGCUUACGACGCUUACUGUCGCCAGGAUUCAGCCGCAUAUGUGGCAGGAUGUGGAGGUCCGGGGAGCACUGCCCUCUCGGUGGCUGCCUCGUACCAAAAACCCCAGCAAGUGCAGGUCAACAGCUACCCGGUGAACCACUACCAUCAGGUGGCCCAAGUCCAGCCGCAGGGAAAGAUCUACAGUCGCUGUGAGCUGGCCCAGGAACUGUUUUACCAGCACAAGCUGCCCAUGCCACAGAUUCCCACGUGGGUGUGCAUUGCCCAGCACGAGUCCUCCUUCAACACGGCUGCUGUGGGUCGCCUGAAUGCCGAUGGCAGUGCCGACCACGGAUUGUUCCAGAUCAGCGAUCUCUUCUGGUGCACCCACGAGCAGAGGGCGGGCAAGGGAUGCCAGGCCACGUGCAAUCAGUUCCUGGACGCCAGCAUUGCCGACGAUGUGCAGUGCAUCCGGAGGAUCCACCAGGAGCACACUCAGAUCUCGGGGGAUGGCUUCAAUGCCUGGACGGUUUACAAGCGCAACUGCCUGAAUCAGCACUACGAGCAGGUGGCUGCCUGUUUCGCCAAGCCACCAGUUCACCAACAUCCGAAUGCCAUUGGCGGAGGUCCUGUGAAGCCCAAGGUCAGCUAUGCCUAUCAGUAUGGUCAGGUGCAAGUGCAGCAGAGCCCCAAGCCGAUUACCCCGGCUGUGAAUCAAUAUUAUCGUCCUGCGCAGCCUGUUGUGAGCUACCAGACCAAUGUGGCUUAUGCGGGGAACCCCUUCCUCCAGCCACGCCCAGUUAAUCCCCCGCAGAGACAGCAUCCCAAUGCCAUUGCACUGCCCCUCAAGAACCAAACCCCUGCUAACCCCUUCUAUAGUUUUAAGCAACAGCAGACACAGUAUCAGCCACACUAUCAGACACACACUCAAACACACUAUCAACGCACGGGUAAAGUUUACAAUCGCUGCGAGUUAGCCCAAGAGUUGUAUUUCUCACACAAGUUUCCCAUGCAGGAAUUGGCCACCUGGGUGUGCAUAGCCGAGCAUGAAUCCUCAUUUAAAACGGCUGCCGUGGGUCGUCUGAACGCGGACGGAAGUGCGGAUCACGGGCUCUUCCAGAUCAGCGAUCUCUAUUGGUGCACCCAUGGCGAUGGAGGCGGCAAGGGCUGUCACAUCGACUGCGAUCGCCUGCUGGACUCGGACAUCUCCGAUGAUGUGAAGUGCGUGAGGACCAUCCACGAGGAGCACACCAGAAUCUCGGGGGAUGGGUUCACGGCCUGGACUGUCUACAAUGGACACUGCAGGCAGAAAACCAGGGCUGACAUUGCUAGCUGUUUCGAGGGCAAAGAUCUGCCUGGGGAAGCUAUUAAACCAGCCAAGGGAAACGAAUUGACUAAGAAGGCAGCUCCAAAGCCAAAGGGAAAAAUCUACAACCGCUGUGAGCUGGCCAAGGAACUCUACCAUAAACAUAAGUUACCCAUGAGGGAGAUUCCCACCUGGGUUUGCAUAGCCCAGCAUGAAUCCUCUUUUAAUACGGCCGCUGUGGGAAGACUCAAUUCAGAUGGCAGUGAAGAUCAUGGCUUGUUCCAGAUCAGCGACAUUUAUUGGUGUACCCAUGACCAGACCAGUGGCAAAGCCUGCCACAUUGAGUGCGAUCGUUUGCUGGACUCCGACAUCUCCGAUGAUGUCCAGUGCAUACGCACAAUCCAUGAAGAGCACACUCGCCUCUCGGGAGAUGGUUUCAAUGCCUGGACUGUCUACAAUGGACAUUGCAGGAAUCAGAACCUGGCCCAACUGAGUGACUGCUUUGAUGGAAACGAGAUUUCAGAGGCGGAUAAGAUCAGUCCCUACGGAGAGAAGCCCCAAGUGAAGCCGCACCAGUCAGCUACAGACAAACCACUUCAUAAGACAGCCACCAGUCAGAGCUAUGCGGAUAAUCCCUUCCUGCUUAAUUUACAAGCAGCUAAAACACCUCAAAGCCAUGUGCAGCCCACCAAUAUUAUAAAUAAGAUUGCAAAUAAGGAGACUCAGACCAAUAAACAAUAUGCCAACAAUCCAUUUUUCAAUAAUCAGCUAGAGAAAAAACCUACUCCCACUUUGGGAACUGCUACUUAUCCCACCCAAAAGCCAAACUACGAUCAUAAUCCCUUCCUAAGCGCCCCAGGUUCAAUUAAGCCACCUGUAAUUAUUGCGCACACUUCAGAAGAAGUCAAGCACCAUGACAGUUUAUCCUAUGCCCAGAAUCCAUUCCUCAGUCUGCUUGGCAAACCAAUUGUACCUGCUCAAGCACCCAUCAAUCCCAAGCCCAAGCCCUCGAGCACAAGUAAAAGUCCAUCAAAGCCCCCUCAGCUGGUCAACAGGCCCUACGUCAGUAGCGACAGCUUCCGCAACGAGGUGAUUAAAUUUACGGCCACCUCUGCGGCAGCAGCAACAACUACGGGCCUUACAAAGCAAUCUGUAACAACAACCACAAGGAAACCUUUGGCUGCGGCCACAAAAAAACCAGUCUCAACUACGGCCAAAACAACUGGCUUGCCGUUAUGGUCAUGGCAAACUUCUACGACCGCUAAACCCACAAUAACAGAAAGUGGUAAUCGCUAUACAGCCACAACGAAAGUCUCGGCACAUCAAACAACUACUCGAUCAGUGAUAACCAAUAAGCCCACAUCGCGUCCGACUACUAGAUCAACUUCUCGCACCCCAGCACAUGUAUCAACUACCCGCACAACAUCUCGUCCAAAUAGUUAUUUGAACACUUAUCCAACCACUCGUUCAACUAUUCGGCCAACCUAUAAACCAGUCGUUUCGACAACUUCUCGACCAAUACAAACGACUCGUCCAACCUCAACUAGUCGUUUAACUACUCAAUCAACUCGUUCGAUAUCCACGACUCGCCCAACUAUUCCUUCAACUUCACGUUCAACUACUCGCCCGACUACCACUAGAAGACCAGUUACAACAAAUAAGCCGAGCACUGCUUAUACAACAGUGAGCAAACCUACCUCUCGACCGAUUACAACUACUCGUCCAACUAUAAGCACUCGGUUCUCUUCAACCACACAUCCACCUUUAAUAACAAAAACCACAAGUCGGUAUGCAGCCUUAUACUCCACAACAUCUCAACCUAGUGCAAAAUCAAAAACUACUACGCGUUAUACCACAACCACACGACCAACAACCAAGACCCCGUACCACUAUAUAUCUGUAAAUAAACCAACCACACGCCCACCAUCGACCACUCGAUCAAGCACAGCCACACUUUACUCGCCAACAACCCUCAAACCUAUUACGAAAACCACAACUCGUUACUCUGCGACAAGUGCGCCAACUACUCGUCAAAGUAGCACCACACCAAGGCCAUAUUUAUUAACCUCAACAACGAGAAAGAGUGCCACCACCAAGGAUCCAUUCGAUCAUCCGUUCUUCCAGAAGUUCAAAGCGAAGUUUGAGAAAACCACCACAAAUCUAAACACCACGUCUGCCAUAACCCAAAACAAAAAUCAAACAUCCGUCAGUCCUUAUUAUGUAAAAUACCAGGAGAACAAGAUAAAAACAGGAGCCAAAACCGUCCUUUCCUACGAUUUUGGACAAAAUAGAAAUACCACAAGUAGACCGAAAAGUGCCUUCGAUCUUUACCUAAAUUGGAACAAAAAUUAGUGUUUUUUCCAUCCAUUUGAGACUUGUAAAUAUGUGUUAUUGAUUGAUGUAAUUGAACUAGUUUAACAUAAUGGCAGAAUACUCAUACAUCAUUAAUGCGUAAGCCUUAUAAAUAGGAUUUAGAUAAUAAAAUAAAAAUACACCGAUGCGAAUGCGAAAA